AUGGCCGAGCUUGACGCAACUCCGUGCGCAUCGCCCGAGCCAAAUAUCCAUGACAGGCACACGAUCGCGCCUUCAGUUGAGCAGGACGCGAUAUCACCGGAGGUCAUGUCGACGAUCUCGCUCCCAAAGUCGCCCCUAUCAUCUGCGACAAAUAGGAUGUCACCGCCCAUAAUUGGGGAUCGUAUGAAUUCAUCGCCGGAACCCCCGAUUGCAGACAUGGCUGAGCUGGAGCACCUGCUACAUGAAGAGCAACUCUUGAGGGACAGGAGGCAGACGUUGGAGCAGUUGUAA